AUGAUAAUCGUUCCAACCGCCGAUAUGGCUAUUGUAAAUAUCCAGGACUCUUUCGAAGAUGUGAUUUCCGAUGUGGAGUCCAAGACCAUCCAGUCUGAGUCCAUUUGGAUAGCUAGACGGUUUUCCAGUGACGAGGACCACCAGGAGUUUUUCCUGGUAAAUGUAUCACUCGAUUCUAAAGGAAAAAUUAAGUUUGAUUCGCCAGAUGUUACGUUUUCUCGGCUGGAAUCUCAUAAGUACACUGUAAGUAUCAAGGGUGAUACUUACGAGUUGGUGGCACCAGCGUUCAAGAUUGAUACAGCGAAAGAGGGCGUGAGCGCAGUCGCCAUGACUAAAAAUGGACAAUCUUUAAUUGUGGGAAAUGAGAAAUGCGACAUUGUCCACUACGAUACCGAGACCAAGGACAAAAUAUGGGAAGUCAACCAAGCACAUUUUGGAGGCAUUCUGAAGCUUGUAGUAUUUCCCUCGGACAGAGUUCUACUAAGCGUAGGAAUGGAUUUCCAAACCAAGCUUUGGUCACUUGACACCACCACCACGGCAGCUACACGCACGUUUGUGGAUCAAAAGAAGGAAAUCACAGAUGCUGCACUCAUUGGAAAUGGUCGCAACUUCAUGACCGCUUCGCGAGAUGGAUCGGUCAAUCUCUGGGAAUGUAGCACGGGAAGCGUCGUUUCCAAAUUCCAACGAAUUGACAAUAUGGCCGAUCCAUGUACAAGUUUGACAAUUUCUACUUCCAGCGAGAAAGUGGCUCUUUCGGAUCUUGUAGGUGGAGACAUGAUCUUCGAAAGCGAAGACAAAGUGGUUUAUGUGGGGUACGCAUCGGGCACUAUUCAGCAAUACAGUGUAGGUGGCCAUUACCAGACACCAGUGAAAUAUCACUAUGACGCCGGUGUUUCGUGUUUGGCCACGUUUGGGGACCAUGUUGUUGCAGGCUACGAUAAUGGCCGGGUGGUUGUGUGGAGAGAAAUGGGCAGCUACUUGUUGGAAUUGAAUGAACACUACAGUGUGCGAAACAUUCAGGUAGAAAAAUGGGAUGGAGUGCGGGCAUCCAUGGUGGUGAGCAACGGACCAGAUUUACUCUUGCGCAUAACCUUUGAUAGCUCCGAUGGGACGUUUCGUUAUAAGUUUAUGGUGGGACUUGGCGAGCUGUUUCGUGUAUCGCUGAUAACUGGAGGGAAAGGUGUUGUAGUGGCCACGCACGACGAGAUAGUGGGGUACAAGUGA